GGUCGCGGGUGCAUUUAAGUGCGAAGCUCGCUGUCAAAGCGCCAGUGUUUCACUUCCAGUCUGUGCUAGAAGGACUACGAACUUCAGAACUUCUUCGGAGCUAACCAUGACUUCUGUUCUUGCCUCCUGCUUCCUCUGCGCGCUCAUUCUGGCACUGACAGAAGCCUUUACGCACGACGACAUGAAGGAUUCCCUGCUGAAAAAACUAGGACUCAGCGAAGUUCCUCAGAUUCAUAAGCGGGACCUGGAGAACCUGGUGGUACCGGCGCACAUUAAGAACAAGUACGUGUCCAUGCUGAAGCUGCACCACGAAAGGAGGCGCCGCUCUCUUCCCAGUUUGGCAGGGAUUUUACGCGGCAUCCCGGGUAACGCAGACAUCUCUGGGGAGUUCGUGUAUUCUGACACGACCCGUCAGCGCGUGGUGUUCGAGAUGAACUCAAGGAUUCCGGACAACAGCGAGGUGACCAUGGCCGAGCUGAAGCUGUAUAAGAAAGCGUCGCACAAGCGAUCCAUGCCCGAGAGGAAGGGUCAGAGGCCAGUAAACAACGCGCGAGUCAGCAUUUACUGGGUGGAUAUGCUCGGGAACGGCUCGAACCGCACUUCCCUCGUCGAUUCCAGGUUGAUUCCCAUCCAUGAAGCGGGCUGGAAAAGCUUCGAUGUCACGCAGGCUAUACAUUAUUGGUCCAAGAGUGAGCGGAACGCACCCAUGCACCUGGAGGUGUGGAUCGAGGGCGAGAGACCCGGCAGUUACGCGGCGGAAAUGGCCAAGAACGUCCAGUUUACCACUCAGGAGCCGAGCGACAUCCUGGGGAAACCCGAACUCGUCCUCUACACACUUAACCUUGAAGAGUUUGGUUCACACGGCGACUGCGAGCCAAACAAACACAAGGACGUGUGCUGCCGUGAGGAGUACUUCAUUAAUUUCCGCGCUCUGACCUGGACGCAGUACUGGGUGAUCGAGCCUGCGGGGUACCAGGCGUUCCGCUGUGCGGGGGGCUGCAGGCAGCCACAGCGAGGGCUUUACACUUACGGCCAGAGGAAAUGCGCGGUGGUGGAAAGCUCCCCGCUGCCAAUGAUGUACCUGGUGAAGAAGGGCGAUUACACCGAAAUCGAAGUGGCCGAAUUUCCGAACAUGAUCGUGGAGGAGUGCGGCUGCGCCAUGGACAACACCUCCCUUGUGUGACCCCAAAACCCCCGUUCCAGACGCACAGUACUUACAGCUUCUAUUAAGCUUGGACUUUUUUCUUUUCUUUCUUUCUUUCUUUUUGUAUGAACAUUGGCCUCUGGCCUGGCUGAAUGACAUCAAGCACUUUGUAUAUUAACUUUGUAUGUAUUUGGUGUAAUUAAACGUAUUAUUAUUAUUAUUAUUAUAUUUUUUAAUUAUAAUCAUUUUUGCAUUGGCAACCGGUACGACGCCGCAUUAAACACUGGAAUUAAUUAGAAGUUAUAUUUUGGACUGCGUUUUCACUGUGUUAGUG